AGUCAACUAAAAGCCCCGGCGGAACCUGCUGCUAGUAAGAAAGGUUCCCAGGACAUCCCUCUCGGUUCUUCACGGUGCUUGUUUGACACACACCAGUAGCAACAACAUGUUUGUCAGACGGGAGUUUGAGGUCUGAGUGAGUCUAUCUGUGUAGAGGGUGAGGGCUUCCCUGACCGCACUGCCAACUAGUUUUCACUGGAGGUCCCAACAACGCCCGGUGCCACUGCGCGCUCUGCUGACGCAACCACGUCGCUGUGGCUCAAUACGAUGGCGGACCGCAGUGUCCCCAGACCUGCCCAGUGAGGGACGGAGCAAAGUCACUGAGCCACUCUUACCGGCUCAGUUAAACUGACCACCUGUUAAAGAGAGACCGCUGCCUCCAGUGUUAUAGUAUGUGGGACAGGAUCUGCUCGGAGUGCACUGACCGGGACAAGGCAGAAGUGGAGUGAAGAGGAGCGGAGUGCGCCGGGGCUGACGCACCGCAUGUUGAGCCAGCAAGUUGACUGAAAUAACAAAAGUCGCGUCGACGGGGAAGGGGACAGCCGCUCUUGGAUUUUAAGGAGGUUUGAGGGGACAGUUGUUCCGGCAAAAUGAAAUUCGCGGAGCAUCUUUCGUCCCACAUCACUCCUGAGUGGAGGAAGCAGUAUCUUCAAUAUGAGGCGUUCAAGGAUAUGUUGUAUGCUGCCCAGGACCAAGCCCCAUCCAUAGAAGUCACAGAUGAAGACACAGUGAAGCGAUACUACGCUAAGUUUGAGGAGAGGUUUUUCCAGACCUGCGAGAAGGAGCUCCUGAAAAUCAACACAUUCUAUUCAGAAAAGCUUGCUGAAGCCCAGAGACGUUCUGCCACGCUGCAGAAUGAGCUUCAGUCUUCACUUGAUGCUCAGCGCGAGAGCAACGCUCCGCCCGGCCUGCGGAGACGUAAGACCAUGUUCCACCUGUCGCAGGAGGAGCGCUGCAAACACCACAACAUCAAGGACCUGAAGCUAGCCUUCAGCGAGUUCUACCUCAGCCUCAUCCUGCUUCAGAACUACCAGAAUCUGAACUUCACUGGUUUCCGCAAAAUCCUGAAGAAACAUGACAAGAUCCUGGAUACUCCUCGUGGGGCCGACUGGCGGGUGGCUCACGUGGAGGUGGCGCCAUUCUACACCUGCAAGAAGAUCACACAGCUCAUCUCCGAGACAGAGACCAUCGUCACCACAGAGCUGGAGGGAGGAGAUCGUCAGAAGGCCAUGAAGAGGUUGAGAGUUCCUCCGCUGGGUGCAGCUCAGCCUGCUCUGGCCUGGACAACCUUUCGUGUGGGUCUCUAUUGCGGCUUCUUUAUCAUUCUCGCCAUCGCCUUCGUUCUCAGUGGUGCUGUGUUCAUCCGCUUCGAGAACGUAUGGCCACUGGUGCGAAUUUAUCGGGGCGGUUUCCUGUUGAUCCAGUUCCUUUUCCUGUUGGGCAUCAACACGUACGGAUGGAGACAGGCUGGAGUCAACCAUGUCCUCAUCUUCGAGAUCAACCCCCGAAACAACCUCUCACACCAACACCUAUUUGAGAUUGCCGGUUUCCUGGGUGUGUUGUGGUGUCUCAGCAUCCUGUCCUGUCUCUACUCAGAGUACACCUACCUCCCCAUGCAGAUCAACCCACUCAUCCUUUAUGGCUUCAUGUUUCUCUUCCUCAUCAACCCCUUCAAGACCUGCUACUACAAAUCACGUUUCUGGCUCCUCAAGCUGCUGUUUCGAGUCUGCACAGCACCGUUUCACCGGGUGGAGUUUGCAGACUUCUGGCUGGCUGAUCAGCUCAACUCUCUGGUGUUUGUUCUGAUGGACCUGGAGUAUCUCAUCUGCUACUACAUAUUUGAGCUGCAGUGGGGCAAUAGCAAGGGUCUGCUGCCCAAGAUCAGAGACCCUGAUAUCCACGUGUGCCACAGCUACUCGUACGGCCUGCGUGCCAUCAUCCAGUGUCUGCCCGCCUGGUUCCGCUUCAUCCAAUGCCUGAGGCGUUACCGUGACACCAAGAGGGCCUUCCCUCACCUGGUGAAUGCUGGGAAAUAUUCUACCACCUUCUUUGUCGUCACCUUCGCUGCGCUCUACGCAACACACAGAGAGCAAGGACACACAGACGCCGACAUGUUCUUCUACCUGCUCAUCGUGUUCUCCACCAUCAGCUCCCUGUACACACUGAUCUGGGAUCUGCGCAUGGACUGGGGUCUGUUUGACCGUGGAGCCGGAGAAAACACCUUCCUCAGAGAAGAAAUUGUUUAUCCGCACAAGGCCUACUACUACUGCGCCAUCAUAGAAGAUGUGAUCCUGCGUUUUGCCUGGACGAUCCAGAUCUCUCUGACCACAACGACCAAGAUCCACUCUGUGGGCGACAUCGUAUCCACUGUGCUGGCUCCCCUCGAGGUCUUCAGACGUUUCGUGUGGAACUUCUUCCGUCUGGAGAACGAGCACCUGAAUAACUGUGGUGAGUUUCGUGCUGUGAGGGAUAUCUCCGUGGCUCCGCUCAACGCUGAUGACCAGACGCUGCUGGAGCAGAUGAUGGACCAGGAUGACGGCGUCCGGAACCGCUCGGGCAAGAAGACCUGGAAGAGGUCCUACAGCCUGUCGCUCCGACGCCCCCUACUGUCCUCCUCACAAUCGAAAAAGGACACAAAGGUGCUUAUUGAAGACACGGACGACGAGGCCUUCAGCUGAUUCCACAUACACACACAAACACAGCCAUGCUAUACUUAUAGGGACCUCAUUCACUAACACACAACCUCAGCCUUUCUCCUUUGUAGUGGUAAGAGUAGUGACCUAACCCUCAGUUUAAACCUUUAAAGCAGUGAGGACUCAGAGCGUCCCCAUGUCGGACAAUUUACCUCAUCUUUACAUCCCUGUGAGUAUAUUUGGUCUUUAUAAGUAUAGAAAAACACACACAAUACACACUAUAAUGCAGAAACACACGUAAAAAAAACCCUGCUGAAGCACAAACAGAGUGUAAUAGCUACAGUUGUAGAGAGAGACACACAGACAGACAGAUGGACACACACGUCAGCUUUCUGCACAUAAGUGGAAACACAGACCACACUGCCCUGGGAUUAUCCUCUUCUUUUUUAAAGGACUUUUUUUAGUAUGCGCUGUUUACUUUGAGAUCUUUGUGUUUCUUUAGAUUUUUCUUUACUUGUUCUGGAUUUUUUUUUUUUUGAGAAGCUGCAUAGAAGACUGUUUACACCCUUUUUAACUACGCUAGGAUCAACAGGGAGAAGACAAGCCAAUCAAAAGACUGAAUAUUAACCAAUAGAAACCUGAGGAAGGACUCAACACACAUCACAGCAUAUCAAAACAAAUCAACUGGUUUCAACUCGUUGAUUCUUUUUAUACACUUAUUUUUCC